AUGGCAAGGCUGCGGAAGAGGAAGAGGGGGACGGGGAGGGGGAGGGGCGUGAGGUGGCUGAGCCACUACUCAUCGGGGCAAAGCAUUCUGAUCGUCGGAGACGGGGAUUUCUCCUUCUCGCUGGCUCUCGCCGCCGCGUUCGGGACGGGCCGGAACAUCGUCGCGACGUCGCUGGACUCCUAUGAGGCUCUGUCUCGCAAGUAUAUCAAAGCACAAUCAAAUUUAAUGCGGUUGAAGAGAAUGCAUGCCACGGUUUUGCAUGGUAUCGAUGCAAAUACAAUGAAGGGACAUACUGAUCUGAAGAUGAGACUAUUUGAUCGGAUUGUCUUUAAUUUUUCUCAUGCUGGAUUCAGUGGAAGAGAGUGUGAGAUGCACGUCAUCAGAUCGCACAGGGAGCUGGUGAGGGGGUUCUUUGGCAACGCGCGAGAGCUGCUUCAGCCGUAUGGUGAAAUCCACAUUAGCAACAAGACAGGACAUCCUUACGACCGGUGGGAUAUUGAGCAACUCGCCUCAGAAUCUUCUCUGGCUAUGAUUGACAUAGUUAGUUUCCAGAAACAAGACUACCCUGGCUAUAACCCGAAGAGAGGAAGCGGUGCAAAGCCCAACAAACCAUUCCCUCUUGGUGACUGCAGCACAUACAAGUUCAUCGCGAAACAUAAUGAUGCUCAAGAAGAACGUGCAUGUUGCUCCUACAUUUGCCAAGAUACAUAUGUCUCGCCGUACUUUGACUAUGCGAGCGGUCUCGCCGCACUCGGAGCUGGGAAUGGGGGGCACCUUGCAUACUGAUGAAAUGUAGUGAACCGGUCCUCGUACUAAGGUUGUGUUAACAAACUGGUUCUGAAACCUGGGAUGCUUUUGGUGAACUUGAUGUGGGACGACUUUUCAUGUCAUGGAGUACCUUCGGACUUCCAUGGACAUGGCAUGGCCCGUGCUGAUAUGAAGCACCAUCCAUUACUGUAAUUAACUAGAGGCACUGCUGAAAG